AUGGAGAUGCCCCUGCCGCCCGACGACCAGGAGCUUCGAAAUGUCAUCGACAAGCUGGCCCAGUUCGUGGCUCGCAACGGGCCCGAGUUUGAGAAGAUGACGAUGGAAAAGCAGAAGGACAACCCGAAAUUCUCGUUUCUGUUCGGAGGCGAGUUCUACAGUUACUACAAGUGCAAGUUGGCGCUGGAGCAGCAGCAGCUCAUCUGCAAGCAGCAGGCCCCAGAGCUGGAGCCGGCCGCGGCCCUGCCGCCCCUGCCGCAGCCCCCGCUGGCCCCGGCUGCGCCCAUCCCGCCGGCCCAGGGAGCCCCAUCCAUGGACGAGCUCAUCCAGCAGAGCCAGUGGAACCUGCAGCAGCAGGAGCAGCACCUGUUAGCUCUCAGACAGGAGCAGGUGACAGCGGCCGUGGCCCACGCGGUGGAGCAGCAGAUGCAGAAGCUCCUGGAGGAGACCCAGCUGGAUAUGAAUGAGUUUGACAACCUGCUUCAACCCAUCAUCGACACGUGCACCAAAGAUGCCAUCUCGAACCGGAGUCCUUCUCUGCGGGAGAAGGCUGCCUUCCUGAAGCUGCCUCCCAGGCUGGAAGACCACGAGUACAAGCCUUUGGACCCAAAAGACAUCCGUCUCCCACCCCCCAUGCCGCCCAGCGAGAGGCUGCUGGCGGCUGUGGAGGCCUUUUACAGCCCUCCGUCCCACGACAGGCCCAGGAACAGCGAAGGCUGGGAGCAGAAUGGCCUCUAUGAGUUCUUUCGAGCAAAGAUGCGGGCGCGGCGGCGGAAGGGCCAGGAAAAGCGGAACAGUGGACCCUCACGGUCUCGGAGCAGAUCCAAGAGCCGAGGGCGCUCUUCCUCCCGCUCCAACUCAAGGUCGUCCAAGUCCUCGGGCUCGUACUCCAGGUCCAGAUCUCGCUCCUGCUCCCGCUCCUAUUCCCGCUCCCGCUCCAGGAGCCGCAGCCGGUCUCGCUCCUCCCGGAGCCGCUCCCGCUCACGGUCCCGCUCCCGCUCCAAGUCCUACUCCCCGGGACGGAGACGCCGGUCGCGGUCCAGGAGCCCCACCCCGCCUUCCUCGGCUGGUCUGGGUUCUAAUUCAGCACCUCCUAUUCCUGAUUCAAGGCUCGGGGAAGAAAACAAAGGACAUCAGAUGCUGGUGAAAAUGGGCUGGAGUGGAUCUGGUGGCCUCGGCGUGAAAGAGCAAGGGAUCCAGGACCCCAUCAAGGGGGGGGACGUCCGGGACAAGUGGGACCAGUACAAGGGUGUGGGCGUGGCCCUGGACGACCCCUACGAGAACUACCGCAGGAACAAGAGCUACUCCUUCAUCGCCCGCAUGAAGGCCAGGGACGAGUGCAAGUAG